AUGAACGAAGAUGGGCAACUCUUCGUGUGGGACGAGGCGCCUUGUCCCGUCUUACCUCGCGAUCAAGCCCUUGUGCGCAUUGAAGCCGUUGCUCUUAAUCCGAGUAACACCAAAAUGAAGACAGACUUUGCUAAUCCAUUUGCGAUCAUGGGGUCUGAUUUCGCUGGCACAGUUGUCGCAGUAGGACCAGACGUUGUCGGCGUUGGAGUUGGCGACCGGGUAUGCGGGGCGCAAAAUGAGAUGUUCAAAUCUACGCCAGAACAAGGGGCGUUUGCAGAGUAUACCGUGACGAGGGGCAAAAUGUGGAUGAGAGUUCCAGACUCGUGGACUAUUGAAGCGGCAGCGUCAUUACCUGUGGGAAUAUGCACCGCUGGUUUAGCUGUAAAAUCGCUAGGCUUACCUUUGCCAAACGAACCUGUUGCGAAAGCGAAACAUGUUCUCGUCUACGGCAGUAGUACUGCGACGGCUUCUAUUGCUAUGCAAUUGCUAAAGCUCGCAGGUUUGAUCCCGAUAGGGGUUUGCUCUCCAAAACACUUUCAAUUAUCGAGGAAGAAUGGGGCUGAGGAAGUAUUCAAUCGUUUCGACAAGGACGUCGCACAAAAAAUUAAAAUUCAUACACGGAACAACUUAAAGUAUGCGUUAGACUGUACUUCUAACGUCGAGUCUACAACCGUCUGCUUCAACGCGAUAGGGCGCGCUGGAGGGAACUACGUUGCCCUUGAACCAUUCCCGAGGCAUGCUGCAAAUCGGUCGGUAGUCACGGCGGACUUCGUCGUCGGUCCCUGCAUCUUUGGCGAAGGAUGUACCUAUCCAGCGCCAUACACACGAGAGCCAGAUGAGAAGAUGCGUGCUUUAGGGGUUGAAUUGUGGGAAAUUGCGCAGAAGCUUGUGCUUGAGGGCAAACUGAAUCAUCAUCCUGUUCGAAUACUAGACGGCGGAUUUGAUGCUAUUCGGAAGGGCCUCGACUUGAUCGCGAAUCAGGGUGUGUCAGGGGAGAAGAUUGUGGUCCGAAUGCAAACUUGA